ACGCAGAUGGGAAGAGGGAAAACAAGGACAAGAGUCUAAGCGAGACAGCAGAGGACAUCUGGAAAAAGCGGAAGCGGAGACGGGAGGGGAAAAGAAACCCACAGCAGGUGGAAACCAGAUCUAGAGCAAACCGGUCAGGUCCUCAGUUUGUUUUUCUGGAAGAGAAGAAAAGUGCCCGAGGAUUGCUUUUUUUUUUUUUUUUGCUUUUUUUUUCCUCCUUCAGUUAAUGAAAACUACUUUUAUUCGUAUCAUAAAAGAAACGUCUUAAGGGGAGGAAAGGCAAUCUCUGUCUUAUUAGGAGAGCUGAAGGGAAAUCCAGACUCUGAGGCGUCUGAAGCAAGCCACUGCCUGGUACACAGAGCGGAACCAUUCCUGGUUUCUGAAGAUACAUCCCUUUCGGGAGAAUUCCAGCCGGGGUCGCUGGUAUAGUUCUAUUUUGCUAUUUAGACGUAUAUGUCUUUCCCACCCAUCCCCCUUUAAACACUUUCCUUGAUUUUAUUCAAGAGUGACAAGAAAGUGUCAAGACGGAGUAGGGGUUUUUUAAAUUUUCUCUUCAAGCUGCUUAUCCUUUUUUUAGAGGGUAGGAGUGGUCCCUAUUUCGGAAAAGGACAUUUUCUUUUGAAAGCUUCUCUCCUUCAAUAUACUUACACGCAUACGCAUUUAGAAAGAGAAAUCACUUUUGGAGGUUGAAAUCCUAUUGAGAAAGAUGGAAAAAGGGACCAGGCACCGAAACAACACUGAAAAGAAGGACCCAGGUGGUAGCGAGUCUGAGGCCAGUCCAGAAUCUGGUUCCAGAGGGGGCGGAGUAGCCCUGAAGAAGGAGAUCGGAUUGGUCAGUGCCUGUGGGAUCAUUGUAGGGAACAUCAUUGGCUCUGGAAUCUUUGUCUCGCCAAAGGGCGUGCUGGAGAACGCCGGCUCCGUGGGCCUUGCUCUCAUCGUCUGGAUUGUGACAGGUCUCAUCACAGCUGUGGGAGCCCUCUGCUAUGCUGAGCUCGGAGUCACCAUCCCCAAAUCUGGAGGUGACUACUCCUACGUCAAGGACAUCUUUGGAGGACUGGCUGGGUUCCUGAGGCUGUGGAUUGCUGUGCUGGUGAUCUACCCCACCAACCAAGCUGUCAUCGCCCUCACCUUCUCCAACUACGUGCUACAGCCGCUCUUCCCCACCUGCUUCCCCCCAGAGUCAGGCCUUCGACUCCUGGCUGCCAUCUGCUUAUUGCUUCUCACAUGGGUCAACUGCUCCAGUGUGCGGUGGGCCACCCGGGUCCAAGAUGUCUUCACAGCUGGAAAGCUCUUGGCCUUGGCCCUGAUCAUUAUCAUGGGGGCUGUACAGAUAGGCAAAGGAGAAUACUUCUGGUUGGAGCCAAAGAAUGCAUUUGAGAAUUUCCAAAAACCAGACAUCGGCCUCAUCGCACUGGCUUUCCUUCAAGGCUCCUUCGCCUACGGGGGCUGGAACUUUCUUAAUUACGUGACCGAGGAACUGGUUGAUCCCUACAAGAACCUUCCCAGAGCCAUCUUCAUCUCCAUCCCACUGGUCACGUUUGUGUAUGUCUUUGCCAAUGUCGCUUAUGUCACUGCAAUGUCCCCCCAGGAGCUGCUGGCAUCAAACGCAGUCGCUGUGACUUUUGGAGAGAAGCUCCUAGGAGUCAUGGCCUGGAUCAUGCCCAUCUCCGUGGCCCUUUCCACAUUCGGAGGAGUUAAUGGGUCUCUCUUCACCUCCUCCCGGCUGUUCUUUGCUGGAGCCAGAGAAGGUCACCUUCCCAGCGUGUUGGCCAUGAUCCACGUGAAGCGAUGCACCCCAAUCCCAGCCCUGCUCUUCACAUGCAUCUCCACUCUGCUGAUGCUGGUCACCAGUGACAUGUACACGCUCAUCAACUACGUGGGCUUCAUCAACUACCUCUUCUAUGGGGUCACAGUUGCUGGACAAAUAGUCCUUCGCUGGAAGAAGCCUGAUAUCCCUCGCCCCAUCAAGAUCAACCUGCUGUUUCCCAUCAUCUACUUGCUGUUCUGGGCCUUUCUGCUGGUCUUCAGCUUGUGGUCGGAGCCAAUUGUGUGUGGCAUUGGCCUGGCCAUCAUGCUGACAGGAGUACCCGUCUAUUUCUUGGGCGUUUACUGGCAACACAAGCCCAAAUGUUUCAACGACUUCAUUGAGUUGCUAACCCUAGUGAGCCAGAAGAUGUGUGUGGUUGUGUAUCCCGAGGUGGAGGAGGCCUCAGAGACAGAGGAGAUGAACGAGAACAUGGACGAACAGCGGAAGCCCAUCUACCAGCCUACUCCCACCAAGGACAAGGACUCGGUGGAGCCUCAGUCCUAAGGACCACCAGCCCCUUGGCUGGCUAUGCCCUCCUUCUGCCCCAUUUCUAUCCUUUCCUGCCUGGGUCCCCCCAACACACACACACACACACACACUGUUUCAUCAGUUAGGGGCAGAACCUGGGUGUGGAUUCUGAGAAAUUGUAAACAAAGGCAUUGACAUUUAUACCCAAAGAACCAGCCUCUCACCCCCAGAGCCUGUGUCCAAGGCUCCCACCCACGGUUGCCCACAUUCAAAGCUACUAGGGGACAGUGGAAGUCCCAAGGGGGGCCCAUAGGGUCCUUCCCCCAGGCCCACACCUUCAGCUGCCACUUCAGGAACCUGAGUUGACUACUGCCUUCCCUCCCCAUUCCUGAGCCCAUGGGGCCUCACUUCAAAGAGAAAUGACAGUCACAGCGAGUUGCUGGGGAGGCAUAGACUCAAGAAAAUCUGUCAUCAUGAAAGGUCAUCUGGAGGCCCAUUCCCCCCUUCCAUUAUCCAGGGACCCCAAAAUCAGAGGGGUGCUUCCUUCUGGCCCUUUCCCCACCCUCUCACACCAUCCCUCCAUGCACUAGACCCUGGGCUUCCUGUCCAGAGCAAGGUUCUUUGCAGGAUACCAUCUCCCCACUGAGCUAAGGACCAACUGUCCCUCCCACUAACCCACGCCAGGCCUGUGGAGCAUAGGGAGAGUCCCAGACUGCAGAAGCUGGCCCUACCCCUACCUCCUGCAUCCUGCCCCCAACUGGUGCCAGAGCUUUUUGAAGUCAGAAAGGCUGCUUAUUUUCAGGGUAGUGGACACCUCUCUCCUACUGGUAAAGUAGCUCAACUCCCCCCUCUUAUGGGGAGCAGUCACCCUGCUCCCCUGCAGGUAUGCCUGCAGCAAACCCACACAGCCAGCCCUGCCUGCCACCUCCCCGUGCCCUUUUCCUCUUCUCUGGACUUGGCUGGGGGAUUCGGUUGAAGGAUCCCCAAGCCCUUCGGGCCUGAACUUAGAGCCAAAUCAGCCUUAAGUCACCUCCCAUCCAAGAACUAGGCCUAAAAAUACUCCCGUAUUUCUAACCCUCAGGACAGAGCUGGUAUUAAAUGCCUUCGCUGGGAGGAAGGGCAUUUCCCACCUCCCCGAGGUGCCCAUUCCACAAACUCUGGACUGUUUGGGAAGUGUUUUCUGAAGGCCAGUUCCUCCCCCUACUCACAUAACCCCUCCAUCCUCUUCUGGUCUCCCUGUCAUCCUGUCCCAAGGCAGGGUGAAAGGGCAAUGGCAGAUUGGCACCAUACCCACUCUGGGGAGCCCUUUCUCUGAGGUAUGCAGGCUUCUGUCCUGUGCUUCAAAGGCAGGCAGGCCACUGAGUUUGCCCCGGCCCUGCCCUGGCUCCCCUAGCCACACCUGUUAUGCUGAGGACAAAGGGUCCCUUCCUCCCAGAGCAGUGCCCCCCUCCCGCCCCCACUCCAUCAGCUUAAACUGGAAUACCCAGGAGCCCUUCCAGGCCCAGAGCAGGUCUCCCAGCUCCCUGCCCAGCUUGCCUGACCCAAAGUUCAAAAUAUGGCAGGUUCAGGUGUGAGUUAAUGGCCCUUCAACCAAGGCACCCGGCAGGCUGAGGUUGACCCCUGGAGGGCCAGGGGACCAUCUUAUUCCCUCUCUUCUCAUUCCUUCAACUUCUUCUCCUUCAGUUACUUUUUUUUGUAAAGUGGAUGCCUUACUUUUUGGAUAAAUAUUUUUGAAGCUGGUAUUUCUAUUUCUUUUGGAUUUUUUAAUGUAAGUUUGUUGGGGGAGGGGGGGUGGAGCUACUUAGAACCUUGAUGAUAAUCUUCUGUCCUUGAGGUGGUUUAGGUUUUAGAGCGUUGUUUGUGGAGGUUUUUUGUUUUUGUUUUGAUGUAAUAAAAUUUAAAAUGGAAAUGAA